AUGGAACAGAUCUAUGAGAAAUACCCCUCUCUUCGCAAGUUCGAGACCGACGGCUACCAAGAAUCCCACGAUGGCCGUGAAAUUACCUUGUUGAAACACAUCUACUCCCACCCCUCCCUGCCGCAAAUCCGUGACUCCCCGUCGGCUUUACUCAACCUCAUGGACGAAUUCGCCGCCAAAGAAGACUUCCUUAUCAGCAUUGGUCCCGACAAGGCCGACAAGCUUGUCAAGAUCCUUGCCGAUGAAAGGCCCCAAGUCGUCGUCGAGCUGGGGGGCUAUCUCGGCUACUCUGCCAUCUUGUUCGCAGACACCAUGCGGCAGACAGCCAAGGGAACUUCGACAGCACUCCGCGUGUGGAGCCUUGAGGCCGACCCUCUCAUUGCAUCGAUUGCCAUGAACUUUAUCGACCUGGUGGGCCUGAGCGACAUUAUCAAGGUUGUUGUCGGCCCUGCUGCCGAUUCGCUCAAGCGUCUUAGUGCGGAGGGGAAGCUCCCCAAGGUCGAUGUUUUGUUUCUCGAUCAUGUGGAGGACCUUUAUGUAUCGGAUUUGGAGGUGUCGGAUCAGCUUGGCUUUCUGCACUCCGGUGCGCUGGUUCUGGCGGAUAAUGUGGUGCGGCCGGGUGCGCCGGCUUACCGUGAGUAUGUUCGUGGGAGUCCGAAGUAUGAAAGCUGGGGGUUGAAGAGUCUGAUUGUUCCGGGAGAUGCAGAUGACGAGAUCGAGGUUACCAGAGUCAAAUGAAGAAUGGUCUGUCUUCAUGUGGCUUGGGUGACAACAUUGCGUUACGGACUCGCCCGAUAAAAAAGAGCACAUGUUGUGGAUGUGCUUCUUUGUUUGUGGGAAGAUACUGCAAAUACUUGAACUGUUUUGGAAGUGAUAUGCUUGCGCUACACAUGGCUCCCUACGUAUCCGAAGACGUCUAUCGGAUUCACAGGGUAAAUAUACCAAAACCCAUAAACCUUCCAUAUAACAAGGAUCUACUUCUGCCCAUCCUUCAGCGCCCCCCGCUCCCUCACCAUCCUUGCAACCUCCCUCCCAACCUCAUUUCCCAAACUCUCCAACCCAUCAACAAUCCCCUCGCGAUCCCCCUCCCUCUUAUCCUGACUCA